AUGCUCCGGGACGCUCUUCUUCUCGGAUUAGCGCGCGUAAUUAUUGCGUGCGGGACGCGUAUUGUUGGCGCGGGGGGCGUGAGAACGGCGCCUGGGACGCCACCGAGCCAGGGCCUUCGCCGUCGCUGCUGCUGCCGCCUGCCGGGGGCAUCGGAAACGUCGCCCAGCUCUGUGCGGCGAAUGCGGCGGAGGAGGUGGCUGCGGAUAGAGGAGGCGCUGGUGGAUGGAGCGGAGCCGAAGAAAAACCUGUUCUCGCUUGCCCGCUCGCCCCUGCCGCUUGUCUGUCCGCCCGUACCUUCCAGGUAUUACCACAAACCUGCUCUCCCGCCGCCGCCCCCGCCUCGCCUCCCUCCCACCCGCCUGACUGAUGGCCAUAACGAAUCGCGUUGUCAGUUUCAAACCGGCACCGAAGCACACGCCGCCGCCACCGUUCAUCUCGCGCCGAGGCACGACUACUCAUCAACGGAGCGAGCGGGCCUCUCGGCGGGAGCUGCGAGCCUCCUCGCGCCGCGCCGCUGCGCCGUGCACCUGUUUGAAUCUCGGCUCUCCUCGCGGCGGCGGCGGCGGUGGUGGGCGUGGUGGUGGCGCGCGCGCGGCCGCAUUAACGACGGCGCCGUCUGCCUUCUCCGUCGCCGCCCGCCCCGCGCGCUCAGUGCGCCCGCCGCCGCCACCCACGGACCCUCGUCCUCCGCCCUCCGCGCCGUCUGCGACCUGUUUGGCGCUCGCGGAACAUCGGAUGACGUGCGCGCGCGCCUCGUCCGGGUAUUGGAACUUGUUUGUGGUACUUGUUUUCAGUUUUUAGAGUUGCGUUUGGGUGCGAUUCGGAGAUUGGUGCUCGGUGAAAUGGUGAUUUGCGAAAGCGAAGGGGAGGGAGGCAACCCUGUACCUCCUCCCCCUGACCCGGUGCCGGGACCCGGGAAGGCGGGGCUACCUGGAGUCCGUGACUCGACUUUUUUCCCGCCCAUUCCUCCUCCAGUGAGCGCGGGCGAGCCGACUCCAAGGGGUGGGGGACGGGAGGGAGGUGAACGCGACUACCUGUGGGUCCAAGCUGUGGUGGAGGAGGGACUGGGAGGUCGGACAUCACCAGCUCUGCCUCUGCACCUGCUUCUUCAUUAUAACGAAUUAACUCAACCUGAGACGGAUUGCGUCUAUGGAGUUUUCAGAAGUUAUAUGCUGCAUUCAUACAUUAGUUGGUCAGAUGUUUGUCCUCGGCAAACUUGCCAAGUUCGGCUGCACUCGCGGCCGCCGCCGCCGUGGCUGCGGCGCGAGGGAGGUCGGGAGCGAGAGGAACGCUUGACUACCCUGCGUGAGGCGAAAUGA